AUGGAGUCACCUGACGCCAUCCCAGCGAUCGCCACCGUCAAAAGUCCGACGACAUCCCUUCGAUUAACCAUCCGUCACGAGCGGGGCAAUUCCGAGGAAUACCAGCCGUCCGAAAGUGCAUCAUCCUCGAGAUCGCGUCCUCCUCGUCGCCGCAAAUCUACCAACCCGCGCCUCCGUAAGGCCCUGACAGCACCCCGUCCACCGAAGUCACCGCAACCGAAGCAACAACCCAAGCGCCCAGAGAUGGCCCACGGCGCCGAAGACUGCGCGACUGUCCUCGACCAAUUCGUCCACGAUGUCGCCAACUUACCGCUGGAAAUCAACCAUCUGAUGGAGGAGAUUCAGGCGAAAGACAAGGUCAUGCAGGAUUGUCGGGCCACCAUCAACUCGCGCGACGGCAGCAUCCAGAAAUUCAUCAAGCUGAACGGCAGUCUGGCUCCAAACCCGAAAGAAGAGCAGUACAGCAAAUCAGUACUGCAGAGUCUGGACAAAUAUCGCCAGAUCAAGCGCCUUGACGUGCGCAUUCGCGAUCUAGUGAACGAAGGCCUCCUCUCCAACGACCCUCCUUUACCCUCAAUGUUCGAUAAAAAGGCCGACUACCGCGAACCGCCAAAGGUGUUCUUCCCGGAUUCCACUCCCUCCGAAACACCCGCAUACUCGACCCCCCUCAACCCGACCUCGGGAAAUUCAAACCCAAUUCUCGCUGCCGCUCAUCGUCUCAGCCAAGCAACGCCGCGUAUCUCGACCGCUGCCGCUCUGGCCGCAGCACAGGGUAGCGGCCGGAGCUCGGCGCCAGCUACACCUGGCGGCGCAGCGGGCAUGCAUCUCCAACAACGGCAGCGCGAAUCCUCCGCCGGCGCAGUGGACAGCAAGCGUCGUCGUUUAAACCCACCAUUCGGUACACUGCCCUCUGCAUCGUCAAAUCUUCGCCAGUCAUCUCUUGGCCCUGGCACACCCAAGGCAGGAACACCGACAGGAAGUCGAGCGGGAAGUGCCCAGCCUCCUCGCGGCGUAAACGUCGGAGUUAAGAAAGCGCUCACGAAGAAAAUCGCCCCCCCACCAACAAGUCAAGAAAAUCAAAUCGUCCGCUGCGCAAGUGGUCGGAUCAAAGCGUCGAAGAAAUCCCCCGGUGAACGCGCGGAUGAUGAUGACGACUCCAUGCUCAGUAGUGCGGACAUGUCUGAGUCGGAUAAGAAUGAUGAGAGUGCUGAGGAUGAUCUUGAUGAUGACGAUGAUGAGGAUGAGGGUAAUGAAGAUACCAAGGUGUACUGUACUUGUCGGACUGUCAGUCAUGGUGAUAUGGUUGCCUGUGAUAAUGAUAAUUGUCCGUAUGAGUGGUUUCACUGGAAAUGUGUCGGGCUCACCAGGGAGCCCGUGGGUACUUGGUAUUGUGAUGAGUGCAGAAGUACCCUCGGCAAGUAG